AUAGAAAUAAUGGAGCCUGGUUAUAAUGAUGACCGUAGUGGUUGGGCAGAUGAAAUAACAAGAACAACUGAAGAUGGUGGUGGAGAAGAUAGUUUUGAUAAUCCUCAAGAAAUAUUAAAUGAAUGUUUAAAUAAAUUUAAGACACCGGAUUAUAUUAUGGAACCUGGUAUUUUUACACAGCUCAAAAGAUAUUUUCAAGCUGGUGGAAAUCCUGAGCAGGUCAUAGAACUAUUAUCAAAAAAUUAUACAGCUUGUGCUCAAUUGGCAAACCUUCUUGCAGAAUGGCUUAUUCUAGCUGGAGUUAAAGUUUCAGAUGUUCAAGCAAUGGUAGAAAAUAACUUGAAAGACAUGAUAUUGAAAACAUUUGAUCCUAAGAAAGCAGAUAAAAUUUUUACAGAGGAGGGUGAAACUCCAGCUUGGUUAACAGAAAUGAUUCAGCAUCCCACUUGGAGAUCUCUUAUUUAUAGACUUGCAGAAGAAUAUCCUGAUUGUUUGAUGUUGAAUUUCACAAUAAAGCUUAUAUCUGAUGCUGGAUUUCAAGGGGAAAUUACAAGUAUUUCAACAGCUGCACAGCAGAUUGAAGUAUUUUCACGAGUUUUAAAAACUGCCAUUGCUGGUUUUCUGCAAAAUACAGAAGAUUGGCAGUCAAGUAUACAAGAAUGUGCGAAAAUGGUAUGUCAUGGACAGCACACAUAUGUCUAUAGUCAAGUAUUACUACAAAUUCUUGCUCAAGAAUCUCGUGGUGGAUUUAUGAUGAAGAGACUUUCGCAGGAAAUUACUAAAUGUGCCCAACAGAAUCAUCAUGACGUUACGCCAAUAACAAUGGCACUUAACGGAGCUUCGAAUAGUCCGACUGCAUGUCAAGCACUAGCGUCUAUGUUAUCACGGAAUACUUUAAAUCCUGCUGACAUCAGUGUAUUAUUCAGAAAUUAUUCCACUGCCGAACCACCACCUAUAGAAUUGCUACGUAAUCCUCAAUUUUUGGAACUAUUGGUCGAUGCACUUUUUAAACCAGGUGUCAAAAUUAAUCCUGAACAUAAAUCGAAAUAUAUAUAUUUAUUAGCUUAUGCAGCUAGUGUAUGUGAUAUUCCAGCUAAAAAGGGACAUUUGCGUAAACUAAACAAAGACGAACUAAAAACAACUAUUCAAGCUAUAGAGAAAGUUCAUAAUAUUUGUAACAUUAAUAAAGGAUCGACCGAAUUGAUAGCUGAAUUACAUACAUUGUAUCAAUGUAUAAGAUUUCCUGUUGUGAGUGUUGGUAUAAUUAGAUGGGUAGAAUGUACUGUGACAGAACCAUCGUACUUUAAAUUAUGUACAGAACAUUGUCCUGUACACCUUGCAUUGCUUGAUGAAGUUGUAGUUUGUCAUCCACUAUUACAUCUGAAAGUAUUACAACUUCUUGUACAGUUAUUUGAAAGUAAACAAGAUGAACUAGAGAUACUUGUACAGUUGGAAAUGAAAAAAAUGUUGAUCGAUAGAAUGGUUAAUUUAUUGAGUAAAGGUUGUGUAGUACCUGUAGUAUGUUAUAUUAAACAGUGUUGGCAACGCGGAGAUACCGAUGUUUCUCUAAUUAGAUAUUUCGUUACAGAGGUUUUGGAAGCAAUUGCUCCACCAUAUACUGCUGAAUUUGUACAUUUAUUUUUACCUAUGGUAGAAGAUGAAGAAAUUACGGGUUCGAUGCGAGGUGAUAGCGAUAACGAUCUCGUUUCAGAAUUUAUAAUACAUUGUAAAGCACACUGCCCUACAAUAAGGUGA